AUGCUCUCACGUGUUGCUGCAGUGAAGGCACCCCGCACACACAACCGUCGCCGCGUGACCGGAUCCAGCGGAAGGAGGAGGGAAGGAAGAGAGAGUGAACCGCAGAGGCCCCACAUUUACCGGCAUCUCUUCUACUCUGCGGUGCUGCUCCCCCUCUUUUUCGUGAUGAUGUGCUGCGGCAGUGGUGGAGCUGCGCAAUCUGUGGCGUCACCGUCCCCUCAGAAAUCUUCACCAAAGCCAUAUUUUGAUUGGAGAGAUAAGAAUGAAGACGAAAAAGUGAGUUUGCUCCGUGUUCCCAGUCUCGUUGAGUUGGAUGGUGAUGUGUUUGCCGUUGCCGAGGCGCAUUGUACGAAAAAGGAAGAAGGCGGUUUUACUGGGAUUGCCUCGGAGGUUUUGGAGUUGACUGGCCAAAACCGAAAAGAGGAGCUGGAUAAAACUAAAGUGAAGACACAAGUACUGGAGGAAUGUUCUUCCGAUGAGAAAUGCGCCUGCCGUAUAGCGGAUCAGGUUGAUUCCCAAAGCCAGACGACAGUAUAUGUGAGCCGACCAACAACAGUCGUGAAGGGAAGUGAUAUUUACAUGCUGGCUGGAAACUACAGCAAUAAAGGUGCCUCUGAUGAUCGGGCAGGUGGCUGGGGACUCAUGUUGGUGAAAGGGAACGUCAGUGAUGGCGAAAAGGGCAAAAGAAUUUAUUGGAAUGAUACUUACGGUCUCCCGUGGAAUUAUAAAGUCGAACAACACGAAUCUUUGAUGCGUCUGAUUGGCAGCGGUGGAUCGGGUGUUCAGAUGGAGGAUGGUACGCUUGUGUUUCCGCUGGAAGGAACAAAGAAGUUGAAUGGCGCUGCAGAGGAUGGAAAGACAACGACCGUUUCGCUAAUCAUUCACUCCUUGAAGGAUAUUGCGAGUUGGAAGCUGUCGAAGGGGAUGUCUGCCGAUGGCUGCAGUCAUCCCUCCGUCGUGGAGUGGGAGAAGGACAAACUCAUGAUGAUGACUGCGUGUGAUGAUGGCCGCCGCAGGGUGUACGAGUCCGGUGACAAGGGGGAGUCGUGGACUGAGGCACUCGGGACACUCUCGCGCGUGUGGGGCAACAAAAAGGGUGAAAAGGUUGAACUCGUUGGGAGCGGGUUCACCACAGCGAAGAUUGGCGAUAACAGGGACGUGAUGCUCAUCACUCUGCCGGUGUAUUCCAAGAAGGCUGAGAAAGACAACGAUGAAAAGGGCGUACUCCAUCUUUGGCUGACGGACAACACGCACAUUGUUGAUAUUGGGCCGGUAUCCGAGAAGGAUGAUGACGAAGUUACCGCCAGCUCCCUGUUGUACAAAAGUGCUGAAAGUAAAGAUAAGGAUGAGCUGAUUGCACUGUACGAGAAGAAGAAGGGCGUUGAGGAAACAUCAUCCGGUAUGGUCUCUGUGCUUCUGACUGAGCAGCUGGAGAAGGUGAAGGAGGUGCUGGCGACGUGGAAGAAAGCGGACGAACGUGUCUCUCAGCUGUGCACCACUUCACUUGCUCAGAAGGUUACCUCAAGUGAAAAUGCCUGCAGGGCUGAUGGUAAGAUCACAGAUGGGCUGGUUGGCUUUUUGUCCGGCAACUUCUCUGAGAACACAUGGAGGGACGAGUACCUCGGGGUGGACGCCACAGUAAAUAAUAAAGGUGGGGCAACAAAUACUUCCGAUGGCGUGACGUUCAAAGGAGCGUGGGCGGAGUGGCCUGUUGGCAGUCAAGGGCAGAAUCAGCUGUACCACUUUGCGAACUACAACUUCACUCUUGUGGCGACAGUGUCCAUCGACGGUGAGCCAAAGGGAGAUACCCCCAUUCCGUUGCUGGGCGUGAAGAUGAAUGGCGAUGAAGAAGGAUCCAAACUUAUGGAGUUGUCGUACGGCAGCGGAAAGAAGUGGAAAUUGCUUUGUAGUGGCAAGACAACUACGGAGCACAGCAGCACUUGGGAUCCGGAGACAACGAAGAAAGACCACGUGGUAAUUUUGCGACGGAACGGCAACCAGAGCUCUGCGUACGUCGAUGGUAAGCGUCUGGGUGAUAAACAAUGUGAAUUCGAUAAUGCGGAUUCGAAAGAGAUAUCGCACUUCUACAUUGGAGGGGAUGGAGGCAGCGCAGACGACACAAGAAGCCAAGAAGAAUUGCCCGUGACUGUGUGGAACGUCCUGCUGUACAACCGUCCAUUGAGUUCCGCAGAGAUUACUGCGCUUAACAAGAACAAACCUUCUACUCCAAGGACAGUGGCUGAUGGGAAAGAAUUGGUGGUGGUUGCUUAUCCACCAGGGGUAAGUGUACCAGCUCCACGUGGAACCGUGCCUCAGUCUGCUCUUGGAGGAAAUCAGCCGAUGGCACAGGAAUUGUUGAAAGAAGGUACGGACGGUGGUGGUGCAUCCACAACAGCAUUGUCCACCGUAACGACUUCCCCAGCAGGCAAGGAGUCCGUAGACCUGUUGGCAUCAGGAACAUCUCCCGGUGGAACUCAAGCCGUGGAUGGCGUCUCCUCGUCUGAUGGCAACCAGACGGUGGACACAGCAGAUGGAGGUAAAACGCAGGAAGAUGAACCACACAAAACUCCUGCGGAUAAUGCAAACGCAGCAGAUGCAAAAGCGCCUAACUCUGAGGGUGGGUUGCAAGAUGGAUUCGCAGUGGGACCUGAGAGGACCUCUGGUGAGGAUGGGGAGACGGCGGGAGGAACGGAUGGGCAGGAGGAGGAAGGGAUCCAGCCACGGAUCAGGGAGGUAAAUGCUGCGGCGCUCAGCAGCAGUCUCGGAAAUGUGUCGCAGGGGAAUAACAGCGAUGCCGGCACUGUGCGUGGAAGCGGACUGCUGCCAUCGCUUCUUCUGUUGGGACUGUGGGGGUUUGCGGCUCUGUGA